GUCAGGUGCUUUUCUUGGAAGCUGUAUACCCAGGAGGAGGGAGAAUUUCUGUAGGGUUGUAGCUUGGAGCAGGAAGAGCUCAGACUGGGUUACUACUUCUGAGUAUCCCAAGGCCCAGCCCUGUGAGUUAAAUGGGAAGCUGUGCCAGGCCCCACCCAAAGGGCUUUGCAUGCUUAGACUUUGUAGGUCUGAGGCGUAUAUCCUGCUGCCAUACAGGGAGAUGGCCCUGGAGGAAGCCACUAUCACCUCUGCUGGGGCAAGGAGUUGGCCCUGGUCCUGUAACAAAAGGCUUCUUCGGACCACUUCAGCCCAUGUGGGCCAGAACCUCGUAAAGGUUUCUUAAACAGUGAUGUCACAAAGGGUGGGGCAGGGUGGAAAGUACAAGGUUAUCAAGUGGCUACCAGAAAGAUCCCAGCAGGUGUUUCACUGUAACCUUACUGACCUAGGUCCUGGUGAUCAAGCCUUGUAUUGAUAUGUUUGCACUUCACUUCUGGGUUACAGGGCUCUUUGUUUGGCCACAGUUGUGGCUACUAGGGCUAAUGGCUCCACUUCCAUAGUGGUCCCAAUACCCAGAACACCUGAACUCUUGAGCACCUGGGGCCGAAUGUUUUGUUUUUUCCCUUCAAGUCUCAUCUCCAAAAGGAAUCGCUGCAUGCUCUUACUGCCCCUGCGGAGCUGGAGGGAUUCGAGUAUCUUGGUUCCUCUGUGCCUACAAAAAUGUUGCUUCCACAUCAAGAGUCGACGGGAGAGCUGUGGCCAGAUGAGUUUACUGCUCGAUAUCAGGGUCUGCACGACCAGCUUGCCGGACAAGAGAGGCUGUCAGAGGCAGUUUCAGGUGGGGAUCAGAACCAAGCUGUAGCUUUGCCUCCUCCACUCAAAAGGAAGACUGAGACAUCUGCUCUAGAGCAGGCUACAGACCACCAGUCACUUUUACUUGUUCCACCUCCACUGAGUAAGAAUUGGACAGCACCACAGUUUGUUUCCCCCCUGAACCUGAAGAAGGAUCCAGCUUAGCACUGGCAACUUGCUGAGGAGGUCUCUGGAACUCUUUUAUCAAUUGGCAAAACCUAACCAGCAGAAACAAAUCUUGCAGGAUUAUAACGUAGACCCAAGUACGGAUACAGAUCAGCAACCAACUGUGAACAGUGGCACAAUCCGAUCUCUGGAUAUGAGCAUUACCAUCAGCCCUGAACUCACCACAGAGCCUGUCCAUUCUGUGGGCCUGCAGGAGGCUAUCGUUUCUCCUCUGAAACACCCUGAGGUGAGACUUGCACAUCCAGACCUGGGGCAGGCUCAGCGGCCCAACCUGAAUCCAGGCAUGAUUCCACCAUUGAACCUUAAAUAUUCCAGAACUUUUCUACCUACUUCAUGGGUCCAAUUUUCCCCAACUUUGUAGGAGACCCCAUCUCAGCCUCCGGAACCAUCUAUGGAGCCCAUAGCUGGACCUACAGAACCACAUGAGAUGGCAAACCCAGCACCAUCAGGUCAGGACUCAGCUCAGCCUCCAGCAUCACCCAGUGUCUCAGUAUCACCACUGAAUAUGGGCUUUACCAUCAGCCCUGAGCCGACCACAGAGGCUGACCGUUCUGUGGCCCUGCAGGAUGUGACACUGAAACAUCCAGACCUGGGGCAGGCUCAGUGGCCAAACCUGAAUUCUGGUACGAUUCCACCUUUGAACCUGAAAUAUUCCCGAACUUUUCUACCUACCUCAGGGGUUCACCUUUCUCCGACUUUGCAGAAGACCCCAUCUCAGCCUCCAGAGCCAUCUGUGGAGGCUGUAGCUCAACCUACAGAACCACGUGUGAUGGCAAAUCCAGCACCAUCAGGUCAGGACUCAGCUCAGCCUCCAGCAUCACCCAGUGACACGGCACCACCACUGCAUAUGAGCCUUACUGUAAGUUCUGAAGUCAGUAAGAGGCAGAACAGUCUGUGGCCCUGCAGAAAGCUUCUCCUGCUCUGAAGCAGCCCGAGGUGAUGCUUGCCCAUGAGGACCAGGGGCAGGCUCAGCAGCCCAACCUGACUCCUGUCGCACUUCAGCCUUUGGGUGUGGAACCUACUGCAAAUCAGUAUCCUGCAAAUUACACCCCAGAAAAGGCUUUACCUGCGCCAAAGGAGCAGAAGGUCUCCACAGCCACCAGCAUAUGUGAGCUCUGUACCUGCGAAAAUGAGACCCUGUCGUGUACUGGUCUCCACCCAAAGCAGAGGCUGCGCCAAGUGCCUGUACUAGAGCCGGACACCUACAAUGACACCUUCACAGUCUUAAACUUCCAAGGAAACUUUAUUCAUGGUAUUCAAGCAAGGGCAUGGAAAACAUACCGUUGGGCUGAGAAAUUAAAUCUCAGUGAAAAUUACAUCGCUGAAGUACAUAAGGAUUCCUUUGAAGGCCUGCUGUCCCUCCAGUAUUUAGAUUUAUCCUGCAAUAAAAUACAGUCUAUUGAAAGAGGUACAUUUGAAGCACUACCUUUUUUGAAAUUCAUAAAUCUUCAUUGCAAUUUACUCACAGAACUGAGCUUUGGAACAUUUCAAGCAUGGCAUGGGAUGCAGUUUUUGCACCAAGUAAUUCUUAAUCAUAAUCCUCUGACAACUAUCGAAGAUUCAUCUCUUUUGAAAUUACCAGCAUUAAAAUAUCUAGACUUGGGACAAACUCACGUGUCAUUGACAGCACUUGAGAACAUCCUCACAUGGGCUCUGGAAUUAGAAACACUGAUCUUACCGAGCCAUCUGGUCUGCUGCCUCUGCCGAUUUAAAAAUGAAAUUGAGGUUGUCUUCAAGACAGUCAAGCUGCACUGUGAGAGGACGUGUCUGAUCAGUGCCACGCAGUGUCAUAUCAAAUCGUUUUUAUUUCCAAUAAGCAUAAUUGUCGCGAGCCGCGACGUCAGGAUCCUGCCAGCAGGUCCUAAAUCUGAAAGGACGAGGACAGAGAGACGGGAGGCACUUUUCUUCUCAUGGCAAUACUGCUGCUGCUUUAUUACCGAAUCUCUCCUUUUAUACUCUCCAGCUGUGCGGCUGCAGCGGUCUGCAUUCACUGGGGCUUGGAUACCUUGACUUCUUGCUGCUCCCUGAGAAGCUGCAUCAGGAGGCCCAUUUUGGAGAUGAGCUUGGCAAAGGCCAGUUGCACGUGGGCCUCAGAGCAGUCCGUUUUAAACUCCUGAUGAUGUGGGAAAUCAGCCUUCUUAUUCAUUGUUGGGGAAGAAUGGCUGGAGUUGCUGGUUUAGGUAAGUUUCAAACUGAUCACCAGGGAAUGACAGCAGUGGGGAGGUGGAGUCUUUGAAGGGUGAGUCAGUGCCUAUGUUGGGGUGCCCCAGUGUGCCUCCCUGUUCUAGUUCGCAGCUGCCAUUGUGUUGAAUGCAGGCACAGCAGAGUCUGCAACAGAGGGAUUCUUGUGGUUUCAGUUUCUUCUUGUACACUAGUGUUUACUGCAAAACCCAUCCUUCAAAAGUAUCUGCUGUGGUAUGGUUUUCUAGAGUACUUUCUACUGAAGUUUCUGAAUGAGCAUGUAAUUCUAAGACAAGAUUCUCCUGAAAAACGUCUCCUGAAGAUGGGACUGUUGAGAAGGCGAACUGAUGAGACUUCUUGCUACCAAGAACAGAGGGCUUCUUGCAAGCAUUAGUCUACUGCAUGUAUUUUCCUUUCUCAACUUUUCUCUCAGUUUGGCCUUGGGUGUUCCAUGGACCAUAAGAGAAUGAGUUUUAUGAAAGCAAUGCUUUUGCAGGGGAAUGUAACAUUGGUUUAGUACAUUGUAUAGUUUUGGCCCUAGCAUAUCCAUCUUCCAACAUCGUACACUAGAGACAAAGUAAUUUGCUCUGUUUCUCACCUCAGGCAGGGCUUUGGCAGGGAUGGAGGAGGGAGAUCUGCCCAAUGAGUUAUGUUUCAGGGAGAAGAGACUGCUUUUUGUCUUCUAUUCCUUUGUGAACCAUGGCUGUAUGUGGGAGCAGUUUCCCAUCAACUUUUGGCCUCCAUACCUCGGAUGGUGCUCCGGCCCCUUGGGAUGGGUGUUUUGGGGCUUCUUUCUUAGACGAUAUCCUCCAAGAAUGGCUGGGCACUCUGCUUUGCCUUGACUUUCUAUUUUCUCACUUCCUUAAAGAGAUUUUUUGAGCCCCCUUUGGCCCCUUGCGGACCUUCUUUACCGUGUGAACCUUUUCUCUUCCAAGCUGAACAUCUGCCAGGCUCUUUUUCUUUGCUUGGUCAUUUUCCAAUCUCUUUGGAAAGAUUUGUCAUUUAAAUUAGGGAUGUGAAAGGCUAGAAUGCAUAAGGAUGGCAGUUUUUCUUUUUCACCUUUUUAAUUGUUUUCCUGAUUUUCUGCCUCCAAAACUUUUCCAAAGGAUGCAGUUUCUUCGGUUUAAUUUGUAAAUCAAACUAUAGGAUUCAGGUUGAAAAGCUACAUUCUUUGUAUGAACUAAACUCUUCUCCGUCAAACUGGUUUUCCUUAUGUCCUGCUCUUUCUGUCAUUCUCAUCUUCAUCGAGUUCAGGAACUAUGAAUUCAGGUUUGAUUUUGUGCUUCUGUCCACCCUACCCCCCGAUGCUUCGCUCAAUCACUCAGUCACGUAGUGCUCACAGGAUUCUCUCUCCACGCUCAUCACCACCACUCUCACUCUAACCCAGAUCUCCUACAGCUUUCUAGGUGGUCUCCGAAUCCGGCUGUCCCCUCUAGAUCACUCUACACAUGGAUUCUAACAUCGUCCUCCUGUGUAACCAUUUAGCUCUCCUGCUUGAAAACUUGCACUGGCUCUCUGUGUCUGUCUCUCUCUCUUUUUGAGACAGGGUCUCACUAUGUAGUUGAGACGGACCU